UUACAGCAUCUGUUGUGCCCGUUACCCAUACUUCUCCAGAAAUUUAGUACCCAGCAGUAUCAGUUAGUUACCCAGCAGCUAGGACAGCCAGAUCUAUCCGUUCUUACGCUUCAGCCCCCCAUUAUCACGCAUGCAGCUUAUCCGUUCUUACGCUUCAGCCUCAUUAUCAAACGCCUGCAGCUGGCUGAUUAUAAAGUCAUAAUGCUUAUUAGAAAAAUAAAUUUUAUAGGGAAAACUUUUACAUAUGUGUUUUAGCGACUUGAAAAAUAAACUAUGAUCUGGCUUGAUCGUUUGCUCUUCAGUCUAUAAGACGUAAACAAAAUUUUAAUUUUAAAUCUGACCUUUAGAUGUUUUAUUAUUAUUAUUUUUCUUCAUCGUAACUUAUUUUUCUAGGAAGAUGCAAUUAUGCAAAUAUAAGUCUGAACUUAAGUUUGAAUAUCUAGGAUCUCAAUGUGAUCAUGUGCAUUUUAGCUAUGGACGCCUGAAGAAUAACAAAGUACCCCCCUCAAAUUUAGUGGGCUGGGCCGGAAAAGACCUCGACAAAGGAGUAGUGGGCUUUUUUCCAUGCGGCUCCCAGUCUGCCAACGUCCCCUCGACCUUAGUACCUUGCAACCUCCUUCGCCGGUGCCGCCGCUAAUCCUCUCGCCUCACGCGGCCGCGCCAGAAGUCUCCUCCUCCGAAUCUGAUCGUUGAUUUCCUCCUCCUCCGGUGAUUCCCGCGCUCUCCGCCGUUCCUCUUGCUCAGUGUCUCCGGCCGCUGCGAGCGACUACGGCGAGCAGAGAUGGCGGGCUCCGGGUACACCCGCCCGCCGCCGCCGCCGCCGCUCGGCGAGGGCGCCGCUCCCGCUCCCAGCGCGGCCCUGUACGUGGCCAACUGCGGCCCGGCGGUGGGGCUGACCCACGACGACAUCCGCGCGGCCUUCGCCGCCUUCGGGGAGGUCGCGGGGGUCCACGGCGCCGACGGCAGCGGCGUCCGCGUCAUCGUCCGGUUCCGCGAGCCCGCCGCCGCGGAGGCCGCGAUGUCCGCGCUCCAUGGGCGCCCUUGCGCCGGCCUCGCUGGCCGCGUGCUGCACAUACGAUACUCCGUGCCCGCCAAGCCGAAGGCUCCGGUUGGGGGCUCGCUUCCGGUGGCCACCUCGGCGUCGGAGCUGGGCGUCCCGGGGAUUUACUUGGUACCAGAUUUCGUGACGGCCGCUGAGGAACAAGAACUUCUUGCCGCUGUGGAUAAUAGACCGUGGAAAAGUUUGGCGAAAAGACGAGUUCAGCAUUACGGUUUCGAGUUUCUGUAUGAAACAAGGAAUGUUGACUCAAAGCAGUUCUUAGGUGAAUUGCCACCUUUUGUUUCAAAGAUUAUUGAUAAGAUCAUGUCAUUUCCUGGUGCAAAUAAAUGUACUAGCAAGCUGGUUGAUCAAUUGACAGUGAAUGAAUAUCCCUGUGGGGUAGGUUUGUCACCACAUAUAGACACACAUUCAGCAUUCGAAGAAAUGAUUUUUAGUCUUUCUUUGGCUGGACCAUGCAUUAUGGAGUUCAGAAAAUACCCUAAAGGCAGUUGGCGUGCUCCAAGUAUGGUCAGUGGAACUGAUAAAGAUAGCAUUGAAGAGCCACAGUGCAUUAGAAAAGCUGUUUUUCUACCUCCUCGAUCGAUGUUACUGAUGUCUGGAGAAGGCCGAUAUGCUUGGCAUCACUAUAUACCACACCAUAAAAUUGAUGAUGUGGGUGGUCAAGUCAUCAAGAGAAAUACACGACGGGUUUCCUUUACUUUUCGAAAGGUGAGGAUGGGUCUUUGCGACUGCGAAUAUGGCCAGUUUUGUGAUUCUCAGAGUAAGUAAGGUCAAGCUGGGAUCAAAAGCUAGAACCAGGAACUUUACCUGCUACACCACAACAAAGUGUCGUGCACCCACUAAGGGUCAGGUGAAUCAAUAGAUAUUUUAGCAAACCAAUGGAUCAAGUAUCACAGUAGCUCAUUAUCCACCUGCAAAUUCUAUAGCUUGUAGCAGACUAAUUUUGACUAAAAUUCUCAAACGAAGCAUGCAGCUUGUCAUCCUGCUGCCUGAUUUAUUACACUGAUGUUUUUUUUCCUUUUCCAAUUUCAUCUGUAUGAUAUUGUUGAUCCUCAGAUUGGUGAUGUUAUGGAAUUUAAUGAUAAUCAUACUUCACUGAUGGAUUA